AAACAAGACGAGAGUGAGUAAGGGCUGAAUCUCUUUCAAGUGUAAAAAUUCUUAUUUAAACUGUGCAAAAUAAUUUAAUAAAAAAAGUGUAGUGAAUUAAAUAACAAAGCUGCUUCUUAAUGAAAACUUUAUCGCGAAGAAAUCUGAGCGGUACGCAGUCGCGCCUGCAGAAUUGAAGUGAAUCGUGAACUGAAUUUGUGAAAAGAGAAAGUGGGCUAUAACAUUUUUCCAACGCUUCAAUAAGAAAGUACACGUAAUCCACAUCGAGUUCUAUUAUUUAAGUUUUUUCGCCAACAUGCUAAAAGAAAACGUAAAGGAGUCCCAAACUCCUUCUGUAAUAACCAAUGGAAAACCUUUGGCUAACGGCAAACCUGUUGCUAAUGGCAAAUUUGCACAAGCUGAAGCAAACUCUCUCCCACCGCAGAAAUCUAUUUUAAUCGCCUAUAUACUAUGGUUUUUUGGUGGAAUUUUCGGACUACAUCACUUUUAUUUACAUCGUGACCGCCAUGCCUUCAUUUGGUGGUGCACUUUAGGAGGCUAUUUUGGUGUCGGUUGGCUGGCCGAAAUCUUCUUAAUACCCGAAUAUGUGCGUGAUGCCAACGAAGAUCCAGCUUUUAUUAAAUCAUUUGUGGCACGUUUACAAACAAAUCGCCGACCGCCCUACUCCGCUAAGCGUUUUGUUGGUGAGGUAAUGAUCGGGUAUCUCUUUGGACAGCUGCUGCUCAUGGCUAUACCGGAAACUAUCUUUGGUGGCGUAGAUUGGGGCUUCCUUCAUUGGCUCAUACCAGUGUUUGUUUCUUUGGGAGUAUGGACGGUGGGAAAUGUUGGACGUGAGCGUGGUGUUUGGUGGCAUUGUCUAAUUGGCGCCGUUGUAAUAUAUCCAGCUCGUUAUUUCAUCUAUGACGAAACCUAUUCAUUGUUACUUACUGCGCUGGUUUCUGCGUUAGUUUUCGACUCCUAUUCGAAGCAAUGGCUGCGUACACCACCAAAGCGGUACGGCAUUGCCGUGCGUUCAGUUAAAUUUACAGCUGCGCUGCUGGUCUAUUUCUCACUUUGGGGUUGUUUUCUUUAUUUUAAUGGUACUAUUUCCGAUGAGGAUGGUGGCGAAGUGCCCAUACAUGAAGCCCUGCGUAACUUUCUCACAUCUGCUUGGUGGACAGACUUCACACAAGCACUCAACGAUACUUAUCAAUAUGCGCAACAUCAUGGCUGGUACGAAACAUGGAAGGAAAUUUUCGAAAGUAUGGAUGUGGAUGGCGAACGUAAUUCCUAUAAAGUGCUGGGUGUGAGUGCAACAGCUUCACAAGCUGAAAUUACAUCAGCAUAUCGACGACUUUCAAAAGAAUUCCAUCCGGACAAAGUAAAAGAUGAAAAGUUGAAAAUUGUUGCAAAUCAACGAUUUAUUGAAAUUCAGCAGGCUUACAAUGUGCUAAGCAAAAUUAAAUCCAGUCGUCGACGUAAGAACAAAAAAUCUGUCGAAGAAGAAACCAUCGUACUGUAGAAGAAAUUACAUCAAUCAUAACUGUGCUGCAUCGAAUAAGUUAGUGAAUAAGAACAUUGUUAAUUUUAAUAAUAAUAAUAAGUGUGCAUUUAAUUUAGUCAACAUAUUUAUUUAUUUAUUUAUAUUAAUGUUAUGAAAACCAUUUAAAAUUAUGGGUUAUAAAAAAGUUUGCUUUUUUAAUUAUUAUUUAUUUUAACUAAG